AUGCAAUCUCAAGGGUGGAAAGAGAUGGAAGCCAAAAUCAACACCACUUACUUUAUUACUAAAGAAGAGCUACCUUUUUCAAAAUUUGAGGGGUUACUGAUGUCGCAGAGCAAAAAUGGAGUCGUACUAAAUAACAUAUAUGCAAACAAGAAAAGCUGUGCAGAACUUGUUUCCUUUUUGUCAGAAGGCUUUAGGAAUGACCCCAUUCACGUGCUAAAAUGGAAGAAUUACUUCAGUUUAAUGGCAGAUAGAACGGCUGACUUUGGAGGUACUGAGAAUGAAACAGUAGUUUGCCGCUUUGUGAGAGAUGGAGUGCCUGUAAUCUGCAUAUGGGGACACAAGGCUGUCACACAUGCUCAUGCCGAGGGUAAGUUUAUUAUAUACUUAUAAUUGAAUCUAUUCCUUUUGGUAAAUGGACCAGCCAGUAAAAUGACACAUCCUCUAUCUGCUACCCAUUCAACUUUCUACCUUGUAGUUGUACCUGAAAGAUAAGUUAGAUAAUAAUAAUAAGGGUAAAGUAUCUCGGCAAGGUGAACAGAGUAAAAGAAAAGUACUUCAGUUCAACAUUGAAAGGAGGUGAGUGAAUAUGGCGAGGUAGAACGAAGUCAUGUUUAAAAAAAACACCAAGGUAACUACGAUACGGGGAUCUGACAUACAUAACGCACACCAUAAUUUAAAUGCAUGCAUUCUCAUGGUUGAAAGGGUGCCAUUUCUGAGCCUUAGAAACGGUUCAUUGAACAGUGAAUGAAGUCUUCAUUUUUAAUAUCGUCUUUAGACAACCUCUUUCUUUUUGUAAUGAUUCUUGUAGGAAUUAAAGAAGCAAUUGUAAGCCAUAGUGAUGAUAUCACUGAGUGGGAUAGAAGAGUUGUCGCGUUCAGAGCGGAUGAGGCAAGUGUUGACCUUGGAAAGAAGGGAGGAGUAGCGGUGUUGAUGAGAAAGGAUAUUCCAGAUCAUGUAGUCUUCCACUGUCUGCCUCACAGACUUGAACUUGCUCUCCUGGAAAUGCAAAAGAGUUGCAAGUCAGUCAAAGAGGUCUGUGAUGUGCUUAACCUUGUGUGGAAGACUCACCACUAUAGCGUCAAAAGUUCACGCGAUUUGAAGGCUCUCGCAAGUGAGCUAAACAAAGAAGCACUAAAAACCAACUCAAGUACUUGGGAUACAAUGGUUGCCAGACGUCAGCCAAGAGUUGAAAGUGUUUAUCAAGUCGGGCGAUGCUAA